UCAUUAGUAUUAUGGUUUUAUACAAUCAACAGUUUAUUCAGAUUGUUCCACAUAUUAGCCAACAUCAUCGUUCACCUUCUCCUCCUCCCACAUCUCGAUAUAUCUGCUAUCAUUUUCCUUUUACUUAAGUUGCAUUUUCCUUUACUUAAGUUGUAUGUUAGAAAUUAAUUCUCUGGUUGUAUACUUCGGCCGAAAACAUCUUUAUUUUGCCCUCCUGACAGUUAUUUUCUCUUAUCACAUUGAAGAUACUAUCCCACUAACUUUUGGCUUCUGCUGGGGGAGUUGGCCAUCAGUCUGAUUGCUAUUCCUUUCUAGGAAAUACGUCUUUGUGUCUUUAUCCUUUGCCUCUUGUAAGACUUCUUGGUCUUCUGCAGUUUCUUUCAAUUGCUUGGGUAUUAAAUCGGAAGAUUAGUACCUUUCUCUUGUUUUCUGGGCUGGGUCCUGGACAGUGUCUUUAUCUCUGUCUUCUAAAUAUACUGUUCGCUCUUCAGGCAUUUUCAAUCACUUUCGGCUCCUUUUUAGCUAAUUCCAGCAUCUCCUUCUUUGCUAUUAUGAUUUGGUUACAUUGUUUCUGGUGGCUGUCACUUCUGGUGCCUUGGAGCCUUGUGAUUCUCUUCUGUGAAAUCCUCAAAUUCAUUAGAAUUUUAUCAUUAUAAUCCUUCCGAGAGAAUUUGCAUUUGUCAUUGCCAGCUACGUUGGAGUGCUAAUCCAAAGUAUCCCUUAUAAAUUAAACUCUCCACUUGAGGGUUUUCAUCACACACGUAAUAGGAAUUUGGACGAACAACCCUCAGGAGAGCCAAGAUGUGGUUUUGAACUCUCGAGAGAGAACUAACCCCUUCCACUCAGCAUCGAGUUUGUGACAGGGUCACGUCAAUUGCAGACAGGUUGAACGUGGAAUUCGCUUUGAUCCACAAAGAGAGGAAGAAGGCGAAUGAAGUGGACCGGAUGGUUUUGGUGGGUGAUGUGAAGGGCCGUGUGGCCAUCCUUGUGGACGACAUGGCUGACACGUGUGGCACCAUCUGCCAUGCUGCGGACAAGUUACUCUCAGCUGGAGCCACCAAAGUUUAUGCUAUCCUUACUCAUGGGAUCUUUUCUGGGCCAGCUAUUUCUAGAAUAAAUAAUGCUGCUUUUGAGGCUGUUGUUGUCACAAACACAAUUCCACAAGAGGACAAAAUGAAACACUGCGCCAAGAUUCAGGUCAUUGACAUUUCCAUGAUCUUAGCAGAGGCGAUCCGAAGGACACACAACGGGGAAUCCGUGUCCUACCUGUUCAGCCAUGUCCCACUAUAAAUCCAGAACGGGAAGUGUCCAGCAAGCCCACGCUGACUUCUGAUUUGUUUUUGUUUGUCUGAUUUUUUAGCUUUAGGGCUCAGCAAUGACAGGAUAAUCACUGGCAAAAGCAUUAGAUCUUCGUAUACUCUCAGAUUCAUUGUUUCCUCUUUUAAAGCUCAAGAUCAUUUCUUUCCAGUGUUUUGGGGAAGGUGGUGGUUAUUUGGUCUUUAAGUGAACUAUCUUAAAUAAAAAACGUUUUUGACAUCCUCACUUGUUCUAACAAGUGAUCUUUUCCUUUGUUCUCUCAGUACUUUGAGGCAACAACUUUCAAAUAUAUAAUUUCAUUGCUAUUCCGAGGUUACCAAAGGUGACUUCAGAUGAAAGCCUUCUGUGUAAAUAUAUUAACUAUAAUGAUAAUGCCUAUGGACAUUUGGGUAAAACCCUGGGUAGAAUUAGCCCUUUACUUUGGAGUAAACCAUAGAAAAUUUAUAAUACCGUGAAUUUUGAAUUUUUCUUUUUUGCAACCAUCUUGGUUAUUGUGCUUAAUUUGGACCAAAUUUUAUUUAGCUUAAUAUGGCCACUGAUACAUUUAUUUUCUGGUAAACAAUAGGUAUAGCAGAGGCAAUGCAGUUCUGUAUCUUUUUGUUUUUAAUUACCACUCUGCAGCAGGUUAUAACCAUCACUUACCCAAAAUGUCGUGACCUGAAAUUCCAAAAUUUAUAUUCAGCAAUUGCUGUCAUCUGGAAACUUUUGGGAUAUAGUCUCUGAGCUCCUGGUCAUGUUAAUGCUCUCUGCUGUCCAUGCCAGUGGACCAUUCUUUAGACUGAGCCUCAUCUCCUAAUGUGUUCUUUUACACAUCAUGUUUUUAGCUACAACUUUUACUUUACAUUUUUCCCAGUAAUUUCAGUCGUAGAUAUCCACUGAAAUAAGACUUCCUUAUAUCCCCUCACAUUUCCUAUUCUAAUUUUUAUCUUGCUUUUGACAUAAAUAAAUAGAGACUUUUAUGAGCGCAUUCUUAAACAUUAUUUUAUUAGUUUUGAUCCGGUGUUCCUCUUUCUAUUCGAAAGUAGCAAGUCUCUGGCAACUGAUUAUUUUAACUAAAGCUGUUCUGUGAAAAAGAUGGGUUUUCCCACCAUAUUUAGCCUGUGGGAAAAAAAGACAAAUGAGUACAUUGAAACAUUAGUUUUUCCAGUAGGAUAAUGUUUAAAAAGUGGCUCAGAAGGGUCCAUGGAGGGCAGACUCCCUGAAGAUUGCAUUCUCCAUAAGGUGACCCUCACAACAUCCUUCCUCUGUGGCAGAAGUCAAGGAUCAGCUCUUUGUGGAUUUUAUUAUAUGCACAUUGGUGGACAAUAAGCUAAAUUCUUCAGCCCUGGAAGAAGAGGAUUUGCCUUCAUAGGCAAAGCCUGGGAAUAAUCAACAACACUCUCUCCCUUCUACUGAAUCUUAAAAGUGAUAGAGAAUCAUUUCUCUGAUCUAAAUUCUGUAGGGGGAAAAAUCGAAUCUAUAUAGGUCAUUAACAAACUUAAACAGCAGUCAUUCGGGUUUUAAACUUCACUCUGGCAGAGGUUGAAGUUAGAUAAUGUUGUUUUGGUUGUUGCAGAAACUAACAUUUUGCUGUAUCUAAAAGUGGCUUCUGAGAAAGAAUGAUAGUGUAGCUUAGUAAAGUCAGCUGUGCAAUACAGAUUGACUAUCUAAAAAGAGUUGACUUGAGAUGUGUAAAGAGUGUAUUUUGAUGUGAUGUAACUUUUAUUUUUGAUAAUUGUAUGAUGUCUGUAUUUCUCGGGAUUUCUAUGCUUAUACGCAAUAAAGGUGUGGUUGUAAAGUUGCAUAUGUGGACGGGACUAAAGCCAGUUGAUUUAGUAAAAGGUAAUGAUUUUUAUCUAAGAUGUUUAAUGUCUAGGAAUGUAUAGAGCUAGUUUUAUAAUAAUGAUUUUCAGAUAGAAAAAAGAUACAGAACUUUGCAUUGGCAUCCUCUGAAUUAAGAACCAAUGGUUUCUAUCAGUCUUUAGCCCUACUUUUGUAUUUUAAAAUACUUCUGAAUGCUUUUAUGAACUAAUUACACUGGAAUUAGCCAUAAAAGGGGAGUUCAACAAAGCUGAUGAACCCUGCCUUGUGAGCAGUGGCGUUCCAGAACUCUCUCGUUCCUUGCUGCUCCAGGGUGAAAACCUGAGGCUACCAAAUACAUCAGUCUUGCUGAACUCUACUGAAGGAGGGUGAGCUUGGCAUAUAUGUAGCUAGAAAGGGAAGCCAGAGAGAUGAAUAUACCAAAGUUGUUUAGCCUCCAACUUAUAUUAGUCUACUAAUAGAUGAUAACUUUUCUUUGUUAAAUACGAUGUCAACUAGAUUCAGGAAUAUACCAUUUGCAGUGCUUGUAUUGAUUUAGGUAUAGGAUUUUAAGAUCCUCCAACAUUGUACUAAAACAUUUCAAUAAAAUCCUGCUGACAACUUC